UACACGACCGGCAGCAGCGAAGGAAAGGGAGUGCGAAUAUCUAUAUCUUCAAAAUAAGGACGAUUUUAAAAGAGGGUGAAUCCGAUGAUGAAUCACCAUGGCAAUCCGAUAAACAGUCGUGGAAAAGAUUCGAACGAAUAGGUGGUCGAUUUUCUAGUGGAAUAUUGUAAUCUGCUUCUGUUGGUAAUAUAAAUAGUGGUGAAAAUUUGCUGGAAAUAAAAGAGAAACCGUUGGGAUUUGUUUUAGAUGGUAAAACGGUCAUUCCGGCGCGAUGGAUGAUCAACCAAAGGCGGAAGGAGAAGCGGAUAAGAAAAUUGUUCACGUUUACCCUCUGGUUAAGUAUUCCGAUAUGAAUGAUGAUGUCCGGGCCGAGGCGAUAGAAUUGAGCAUUACAGCCUGUGAGAAAUACGCACAAAACUACGAGCACGCAGCAAAAGCGAUCAAGGAGCUGAUGGACAAAAAGUUUGGCACCUUUUGGCACGUGGUCGUCGGUGAAGGAUUCGGUUAUGAGGUGUCGUACGAAACAAAAAAUAUCCUUUAUUUGUUCUUCGGCGGUAAUCUGGCUAUCGUACUGUGGAAGUGCUCUUAGUUGAAUAGAAUUCUUUCUCAAUUUUAUUAAAGUUGUUGAUAUAAUUAAAUGUCAUGUUUUCUUCUGCA